AUGAACCGGCUCUCCGCUGUUUUUGCCGAACCUAGUCCUGCGACAGGGGAGCAUGAGUUUUGGAGCCUAACUUAUCAUAUAAUUGGUUGGUUGCCAUCAACAUUUACAUCAAGUGAUUCUGCUGAAGCAGUCGCUUCUUCGACUGGCCGGUUUUGCGUUGUUGGCAGCAUGCAGGUACGCACCGACGACUUUGUAUACGUUCAUCGGUCUCUUUGGCAAGACCAGGUUUGCAUUUCGCGACACGAUCAGCAUGCUUCUGGGACUCUGACUCCAGGGCGACGGCUUCUUGAUCGUUGUCUUAGUUUAAUUCGUGACAAUCAACCUUCCACUCUCUUUGCUACCGCUACGGAAGAUUCUUUAUCGCCAGGUCAAUCACCAAAAGAGAGCAGUCAGAAGUGGAAUUAUCCUCGUAUUUGGUCUGCUGAAGAGAGGAUAGUGGUUCGAGUCUACAGGCUAUGGAAAGACGCCAGUGGUCUAACUUGGCUCGAAGGUGGCGCAUUCCUUCGACCCUACGAUCUUCCCCCGAAUAUUCUUCGACAUCAGAUACUCUGGCAGCCGCGUGAGCUUGUAUACGACGAGGCCAGUCGCCUUGUGUUGCCACUGCAGCUCGUCUUGCCCUUACACGUGAACAGUUUUGUGCGACGCCCUGUAGCUGACACCUCUAGUUUUAUUUCUGAGGCACCAAUUGGUCCCUGCUUCGUGCUCAGUCCGGCCGCCUUCCGUGCCGGUCGCCCCGCAGGAUUUGAGCCUACUUCUCUAUCUACUUCGGGUCUAAGUUCACUAACUGCAUGGGAGACCAAUUUGUUUAUUUGUGACAAGCUGUUUGAACGGCCUUCAAACUCGGAUACGUCAACACAGACUACAUGUCGGCUGGAGGAGAUCUCGCCUGGUUACCUAAAAGUCAGCAUGAAGGUAAAUCAUUUUGAUCCAUCCAAUAUCACCUAG